AUGAAUUAAUAAUAUUCUCAUUAGGAUACUUACAUUUGCUUUGAAUAGUAAUGUCACUUAAGUAGAAUCAUUACAAACUGGGAUUAAUUAAAAUUACAUAAUGAAUUUAAUCAUAAAGUGAUAUCAAAACAUAGGUUUGAUAGCAAAUUUAUUUUUAAAUUUAAUCAGUUGAAUGAAUAAUAUCGGAUAAAAGUUUAAGAAGAUAUUAAUCAAUUAAUUUAAUAUUAAGAGGAUAGAAUUAUUGUUAAAAUCUAAGAAUUAUUUGAUUUUUUUAAAAAGUAUAAUUAUUAAUGUAAUAUUCUAGAAUGUAGUCUGAUAGAGUUUAAAAUUAAAUUUACUUCGAUUAUUAAUUAUCAAAUUCAUAAUCUAUAGAAGCUGCUGUAGAAAAAUAUAUUAAGAUAUAUUAUGGAUAAAUAUAAACCCAAUAAUCGGAGUAAGAAGAUAUUUUUCUUGAUUAACUUUAGACUAAAUUAAAUUUAUUGGAAGAUAAUUUUAUAAAUUUAUUAGAAAAGUAUUUUACAAUAGGUAACCAAUAUUUUAAUAAUGCUCAAACAGAGAAAGCGGCAGAAUUUAACGAUUCAACACUCCCUGAAUCAAAAACUACUCAAUCUAUUGGAGUAUAAGAAUAUAUUAACCAGACUGAAUUUAUAUCAAAUAAAGUAGAGUAAAUGAAAAUACAAUAAAUUUAACAAGAAACAUAUUAAAUUUUACAUGAUGAAAAUGUUUCAUAAUAAUAUUCUACUUUAAAUUAAAGUCAAUAAAUUGAAUAGGAUGAUCUGAACAAUAUUCCUUUAAAAGGAUAUAAAUAAUAUCAAUUUUAAUAAUAAAACUAUUCUUAUCCUACAAAAAAUAUUUUACAAAAUGAUGAUGAUGAUGACAGAUUGAAAUUUUAAUUACCAUCAGAAUUAGUCAAUACUUCCAAUAAUUCUAAUUAAAUAUCCAAUAAACAUAGUUCAGAUCACACAACUGUUUAAAAAACACAAAAAUAAGAAAAUAUUAAUACUUCAUAAAAUUCUAAUAAAAAAUCCAAUAAAGAUAAUAAACAAUAUGAAUAUGUACCAAAAACAGAAGCAUAAGAUUAUAUUGUUGUAGAUAAUCCUAAAUAAUUGUAACAAAAGAGGUAUUCAAUCUUUUUGUUAUUUAGAAUAGAAAUAUCUAAAAAUCAUCUUCUUAAAAUAUAUUUUUUGGGAAGAAGUUUGAUUUAACUAAUUCAUAUCAGAACCUCAAUUUUUCAAAAAAUAUUCAAGCAUUUUCCUGUGAUCAGUAAGGUAUUGGUUUGAUUGAUGGAAUAUUAACUUUAUAAAUAGAUGCUGAAAUAAGAUUGAGAUUUUCUGAAUCUAAAAAUAAUAAAUUUGUAACAUUUUAUUAUUAUUAAAGCAAGCUGAGAUAGGAAUUUUAAGUGUUGAUAAAAAUGGGAAAAUGAAAGGAAGUUAAAAAUAUUGUAUGAAUGAAUUAGGAGGUAUAAACAUGACUAUUAAAAUUAGAGCUUGUUUCAAAUGGUUCGGUUUAUAAAGGAAAGUUGAAAAUAUCUUUAAAUUAAGAGUAUCUUAUAUCUUAUUCAUCAUAUGAAAGAAUGCUUUAUUUUAUUAAAGGAAAAACGAAAGUAUAUAUUAGGCUAUUUAUCAGGAAUAUUUGGAUUUGGAUAAAGUAUAAGGCUAUUUUAAAUUUUAUAUUAAAUUAUAUGAAUUAAAAGUCUAAAUUAUACAUAGUUGA